AUGAUAAGGAGGAGGAUGGGGGCACUGCACGUCGGCGAGCCGCGGGUCAGCUUCCAGCAGCAGGUCGGCAAGAACGGCGGGGGCCACGGCGCCGUCGUGGAGGAGAUACACGGGCUCAUCCGCGUGUACAAGGACGGGCACGUGGAGCGCCUCCCGGCGAUCCCCGACGUGCCCUGCACGUGGGGCUCGACGGCCGCCGGGAGCGGCGUCCUCGCGCGCGACGUGGCGGUCGACCGCGCCACGGGGGUGUGGGCGCGCCUGUACGCGCCGGCCGCCGCGGCGGGGAAGGUCCCCGUGGUGGUCUACUUCCACGGCGGCGGGUUCAGCGUCGGCUCCGCGGCGUGGAGCUGCUACCACGAGUUCGUCGCCCAGCUCCCCGCGCGGGCGGGCUGCGCCGUGAUGUCCGUCGACUACCGCCUGGCGCCGGAGAACCGGCUGCCCCCGGCCUUCGACGACGGGCUCACGGCGCUGCGGUGGCUGCGGCAGCAGGCGGGCAGAAACAACGCCGCCGCCUCCGACGAGGUCUCCUGGUGGCGCGGCCGGUGCAGGUUCGACCGCGUGUUCCUGAUGGGCGACAGCGCGGGCGCCGCCAUCGCGUUCCACGUCGCGGCGCGGGCCGGGCAGGGCCAGCUGGGCGCGCUGGCGCCGCUCUCGGUGAAGGGGGCCGUACUGAUCCAGCCCUUCUUCGGCGGGGAGGCCCGCACGGCGUCGGAGAAGAGCAUGCCGCAGCCAGCGGGGUCGGCGCUGAGCCUCUCCACCUCGGACAGCUACUGGCGCAUGGCGCUCCCGGCGGGCGCCGGGCGCGACCACCCCUGGUGCAACCCGCUGGCCCGCGGCGCGCCCCGGCUGGAGGCCCUGGCGCUGCCGGCCGUGCUGGUGUGCAUCUCGGAGGCGGACAUCCUGCGCGACCGGAACCUGGAGCUGUGCAGGGCGCUGCGCAAGGCCGGCAAGAGCGUGGAGCAGGCGACGUACGGCGGCGUGGGGCACGCCUUCCAGGUGCUCCACAACUGCCACCUGUCCCAGCCGCGCACGCAGGAGAUGCUCGCCCACAUCCGGGCCUUCGUCAGCGCCAGGUCCAGCUGA